AUGAGGGGGCAGUGGAGCAAUCAGUGGUUAGCGUUGCCCCCGCUGCUGUCCCUGCUGCUGCUGCUGUUGCAGGGGCAAGGUUACAGCUGCCUCGAGAACCCGUUAAAGUUGACUGAGGAACGGGUCAGCCAGUUGCUGGGCAAAGGAAUAUUCAUUAUCCAAAAUGAAGAUCGUAAGACAUGCAUCAAAGCAAAUAAAUUUGGAUUGAACUUGGAGGACUGCAACCAACCAACUACAUCUAUGUUAUGGAAAUGGGUUUCCAAACAUCAUCUGUAUAACAUAGGCACCAGCACUUGCCUGGGAUUGAACCUCAGUAUCCCUGAGCAGCCAUUAGGACUGUUCGAGUGUGAUUCUACUCAUUUUCCCAUGUGGUGGCGUUGUAACAGAAAGAAGAUAAUUGGUCCAUAUCAAUAUAUGCUAGAGGUAAAGAACAGCAAACUGGUGGUGGCUACAAGACAAUCUUUCCAGAAGUGGACAGCAUAUAUGUCAGGGAGUGAUGAUAUCUGUGAGCAUCCUUUUCAAGAAUUAUACACAGUGAAAGGAAAUUCCCAUGGAAUGCCAUGUGUGUUUCCUUUCCAGUAUAAUGACCGAUGGCACUAUGAAUGUACCAGAGAAGGCAGAGAAGAUGGGCAUCUGUGGUGUGCUACAACAAGUCGAUAUGAAAAAGAGGAAAAGUGGGGAUUCUGCCCAGAUCCCACCUCCACAGAGAUAAGUUGUGAAGUUUUCUGGGAGAAGGAUCCUAAUACACGUAUUUGCUACCAAUUCAAUCUCUUUUCCAUUCUGUCUUGGUCUGAGGCCCAUUCUUCAUGCCAGAUGCAAGGAGGUGAUUUACUAAGUAUCAUGGAUGUGACAGAAGAAAAUUUUAUAAGGCAGCACUUAAGUACUAAAGCAGUUGAUGUGUGGAUGGGUCUCAAUCAACUGGAUGCAGCUGCUGGCUGGCAGUGGUCAGAUGGAACCCCGCUCACCUACCUGAACUGGAGUCCAGAUGUAAAGUCUGACCUAUUUCUUGAAUAUCACUGUGGAACAUUCAAUUCUUUGGUGACACAGUCCUGGCGAACACGUGAAUGUGAAUCUGGGUUGCCUUAUGUAUGUAAAAAAUAUUUGAACCGCACUGAACAUGAUGAAUUUGAUGCUUGGGAAUACUCCCCUACACACUGUGAGCCAGGCUGGAAUCCUUACAAUCGCAACUGUUACCAUCUUCAGAAAGAAAAAAAACCCUGGAGAGCUGCCUUGCAUUCUUGUCGGUCCAAUAACAGUGAACUGAUCAAUAUAGCUUCAUUAGCAGAGGCAGAGUUUUUCAUAAACCUUCUUAGCAACGAAAAUGUAUCUGAAACAUGGAUUGGCAUGAGCAGCCAUAGCAUCCCAGUUUCCUUUGAAUGGUCUAAUGGCUCUUCCGUCACCUUUACUAACUGGCACAUCCAAGAGCCUAAUAUUUCUCUCAAUAGCAGCCAACUCUGUGUUUCAGCUCAGCAAUCUGAGGGAAAGUGGGAAGUUAAAAGCUGUGAAGAAAAAAUUUCUUAUAUUUGUAAGAAAACAGGGCAUGUCCUUUCUGAAACUAAAUCAGUCUGUCAUGAGGGAUGGAAAAGACAUGGUGGAUUUUGUUACAAAAUUGACACAGUUCUUCGAAGUUUUGAACAUGCUUCCAGUGGCUAUUAUUGUCCUCCUUCACUUGUAACAGUUACAAACAGGUUUGAACAGGCUUUUAUUACCAGUUUGAUCAGUAGUGUGGUAAAAAUGGAGGACAGUUAUUUUUGGAUAGCUCUUCAAGACCAAAAUGUUACAGGCGAAUACACUUGGAAAACAGCAGGGCAGAAGGAUGAGCCAGUGCGAUAUACAAACUGGAACAAAUAUCAGCCACGCUACAGUGGCGGCUGUGUGGUUAUGCGUGGAAAGAAUCCCCCCGGUACCUGGGAAGUCAAAGACUGCAGGAGCUUCAAAGCAAUGUCCCUGUGCAAACAACCAGUGACAGCGCGUAAAGAGACUGAACAUGAAGAAAAGUGGCCUUUUCAUCCUUGCUUUUUGGGAUGGGAAUCCAAACCCACUCUCACCAGUUGCUACAAGGUAUUUCAUAGUGAGAAAGUCUUGAUGAAAAGAACAUGGAGAGAGGCCGAGGCAUUUUGUGAAGAUUUUGGAGCACAUCUUGCGAGUUUUUCUCAUAUCGAGGAAGAGAAUUUUGUGAAUGAGCUUUUACACACAAAAUUUAAUAGCACAGAAGAAAGACAGUUCUGGAUUGGAUUUAAUAAAAGAAACCCAUUAUCUGAAGGGUCAUGGGAAUGGUCUGAUGGAACUCCAGUUGUUGCUUCAUUUUUAGAAAAUACUUAUUUUGGAGAGGAUGCAAGAAAUUGUGCUGUGUACCAGGCCAACAAAACUUUGUUGCCCUUGCCAUGUGGUUCCAAACGGGAAUGGAUAUGUAAAAUACCAAGAGAUAUAAAACCAAAGAUCCCCAAAUGGUACACACAUGAUGAACCAUGGCUUUUUCAUCAAGGUACCGAAUAUCUUUUUCAUAGUGAUCCUUCUUAUUGGGAGAGUUUUGAAUUUGUCUGUGGUUGGCUUGGCAGUGAUAUGCUCAACAUUCAUUCUACACUAGAACAAGAAUUUGUCCUCAGCAGGAUAAAAAUGCUAUCAAAGAACAAUAAAAAUUGGUGGAUUGGGCUCCGUGAAGAAAGACCUAACGGUGGAUUUCAUUGGAGAGAUGGCUCCCCAUUAAUAUACCAGAACUGGGAUGAAGGAGGAGAAAAAUCUGUGAAUAAUCAGAGUCAGAGAUGUGGAUUCAUUUCAUCUGAAACAGGACUCUGGAGUAAUGAAGAUUGUUCUGUUUACAUGCCCAGUAUUUGUAAGCGUAAAAAAAUAUUAGUUAUAGAGAAAGAGAGAGAAAUACCAAAGCAACAUGGAUUGUGUCCCAAGGGAUGGCUGUACUUUGACUAUAAGUGCUUCCUGGUGGAAAUACCAAAGGAUCCAAUGUUCCAGAAGUCCUGGAAGAGUGCUCAGAAUUUCUGUGCUGAAGAGAAUGCGACACUUGCUUCCAUUCAAAAUGAAGUGGAACAAGCUUUCAUUACAAUGAAUCUUUUUGGACAGAAGGCUAAUGUUUGGAUAGGUUUACAGAGUGACAAUUAUGAAAAAUGGCUAAAUGGAGAGCCUGUAACAUAUUCUAACUGGGCUCCAGUUGAGAUAAUAAAUAGUAAGAGCUAUAACUCCACAAAUGUUCGAGAACAAGCUUCUCUCUGUGCCUUGUUAUCAAGUAAUCCUAAUUUUCAUUUUACUGGGAAAUGGUACUUAGAAGAUUGUACGAAGAACACUUUUGGAUUUGUCUGUGAAAAACCACAAGAUACCUCUGGGCACAAUAUGAAUGCAUCUGCUAUGUUUCCAAUACCAGAAACCUUAGAAUAUGGAAAUAAAACUUAUAAAAUAAUUAGUGCUGAUAUGACUUGGCAUGCUGCUUUAAAAACCUGUAUGGAAAAUGGAGCAGAAUUGGUCAGUAUUACAGAUCAGUUUCACCAAUCCUUUCUCACUGUCAUCAUCAACAGACUAGGACAUGCCCACUGGAUUGGACUCUUUACCUCAGACAAUGGUCUUAAUUUCGAGUGGUCAGAUGGGACCAAGCCCUACUUCACUUACUGGGAAGAUGAAGAAUCAGCAUCUGUGGGUGAAUGUACUUUUGUGGCUAUGAAUGGACGCUGGAGGAGUAUAGACUGUGAAACCCUUCUGCAAGGAGCAAUCUGUCAUGUGCCAAAAGAAACAAAACAUUCAAAGUACCCAGAGUUAUGCAGAGAAACGUCUAUUCCCUGGAUAAAAUUUGAAAAUAAUUGCUACAGUUUUUCUACAGUCCUAAAUAGUACCAAUUUUGAUGCUGCAUUUGAGUUUUGCAGAAAGGAAGGAGCUAAUCUUUUAACAAUUAAGGAUGAGGCUGAAAAUGCAUUUCUUCUAAAAGAGCUCUUUACAUUUAGUUCUUCCAUCCCAACAGUCUGGUUGAACGCACAAUAUGAUAGUAGCAAUGGUACCAUCACAUGGUUUGAUGGUAGUCCCACUGAGCAUUCAAACUGGGGUAUAAGGGAACCGGAAUCCAACCUUUUCCAGACUGAUCUUUGUUUUGCCCUGAGGACCACAGAUGGUGUGUGGCAGUUAUUUCCUUGUGGAGAAAAAAAUGGGUUUAUAUGUAAGAUGGAGACAGAUAUUAAUAUUAUGAAGUCUGCAGAAGCUCCCAACCACAGCCUUAUUCCCCUUACAGUAGCGGUAAUGCUAGUUGCCAUCCUGGGCAUUUCCACAUUCUUCUACUGCCUCUACAAGCAGAAUGGUGGUUACUUCAGAAGAUUCAUCACACUGGGGAGUCCUCCUUAUACAUCAGGAAACUUAAGAAGAUUACCCAUAGAAGAAAGCAUCCUCAUUUCAGAUCUGGAGAGGAACGAUUAAUAAGAAUAU